GUGGGGGAGGGCAGAGACGCGCUCUUCCCAUCCAUAUCAAACCAAGGAGACCAGCCCCCCAAAUUGAGUGUUUAACACACAGAGCUUUGAACCGUGGCUUACUCGUGCAGUUUCAAUACUGAGUGAGAAGCAAAAAAAAAUUAAAGGCUUUUGAAAGAAAUUAUCGAUUUAAAACGAUAUGGUAAAAGGAGAGGGCGCGGAGCAAUAUUCCGCGUCAAAUCUAUUACCAAAAAAAACAAGAAGUCAAGAUGGAAACAAAAUUGCCAAGCGGCGGGACGAAAGCGGCCGUCUGUCAGUGUGCAGUAAGCUGUGCUAUGCCAUUGGAGGGGCUCCCUAUCAGAUCACUGGCAGUGCUCUGGGCUUCUUCCUCCAGAUCUACCUGCUGGAUGUGGCCCAGCUGGACCCCUUCUAUGCCUCUAUCAUUUUGUUUGUGGGCCGGGCCUGGGAUGCAGUGACAGACCCAACUGUGGGCUUCCUGGUGAGCCGGAGCAGAUGGACCCGGUGUGGCCGGAUGAUGCCCUGGAUCCUCAUCUCCACUCCCUUUGCAGUACUCGCGUACUUCCUGAUCUGGUAUGUCCCUCAAGUGGAGCAGUGGAAGGUCCUGUGGUAUCUGAUCUUCUACUGCCUAUUCCAGUCUCUGCAGACGUGCUUCCAUGUGCCAUACUCAGCGCUCACCAUGUUCAUCAGCACGGACCAGAAAGAGAGAGACUCUGCCACGGCCUACCGUAUGACGGUGGAGGUGCUGGGCACAGUGGUUGGCACAGCGAUCCAGGGGCAGAUUGUGGGUGGGGCGAUCGCACCCUGUCUCCCGGGUGACCUGGAUGUCCUUGACAACAGUAACACCACACUGCUGGGGUCAGACGUCAACAUCUCCCACAUAUCCCUGGAUGACACGAAACGAGCCUACCUCAUCGCCUCAGCAGUCAUCUGUGUCAUGUACGUUCUCUGUGCUGCAGUCCUGUUCCUGGGCGUCAGAGAGCAGGAAGAGUGUGGGCGUCUGAAGACAGAGCCCAUGUCGUUCUUUGAGGGCAUGAGGAUGGUGAUGGGAUAUGGGCCGUAUGUCAAACUGGUUAUGGGAUUUCUCUUCACGUCGCUGGCCUUCAUGCUCCUGGAGGGGAACUUUGCCCUGUUCAUCAGCUACACCAUGGGCUUCAAAAAUGACUUCCAGAACUUUCUCCUGGUCAUUAUGCUCUCUGGGACUUUGUCCAUUCCAUUCUGGCAAUGGUUCCUGACCAGAUUUGGGAAAAAGACUGCAGUCUACAUUGGCAUCACGUGGGCAGUGCCCUUCAUGAUCCUGAUCGUCUGCAUAGAGAGUAGUCUGAUUGUGGCCUAUGUGGUCUCUGUGGCAGCAGGAGUCAGUGUGGCUGCAGCUUUCCUCCUACCCUGGUCAAUGCUCCCAGAUGUGGUGGAUGAUUUCAAAGUGAAGAAUCCAGACUCUAGUGGCCACGAGGCCAUUUUCUACUCCUUCUAUGUCUUCUUCACCAAGUUUGCCUCAGGAAUCUCCCUCGGCAUCUCCACUCUCAGUCUCGAGGCUGUUGAUUUUCAAGACCUACCCCAUCGACGAGGAGAGGAGGCAAGGCAACAGGAAACUACUGCAGGAGAUGCGGGACAGCAAUCAGGAUUCCGAUACAGAGCUUGGGAGCGUUGUGUAGGAGCCCUGGGAGAGGAGGGGGUCCAGCCGAAAGGCCACAACUGUCCCGCGUGUUUGCACUGGCAGGCUGGAGUGUUUUGGGUGUAAUUGGAACUAACAGUAGAAAAACCAGACCACAUUGUGGUUGCUUCCUACCUGAUUCUACACGAAUGGCCCUAGUCUCCAAAGGAUUCAACAGGCUUAAAGACCCCUAUUGGACAUUCUGAGUCAUCGCUCUCUCUGUGCCCUGUCUAUUGCCUACUGUACUAUGUAUUUGUGGUAUUGGUUUUUGUGUCUGUUUGCAUAACAAACAUUGGUUUGGGAUUUUUUGGGGGGCGGGGGGGCAUUGACCCUUCAAAUCUAUAAUUUGAAUGAUGUUUGUCUACCUGAACCAAGUACUAGGUCAAAGGGUGGGAAGCCUUUCUCAGUAGAGGAAAAAAAGAAUACUUUCCAUCCAGAUAGGAUGGUCCUCAUAGAGGGAAGAUUUCAGUCCUAAUUUUAGGGCAUACCAGUAACUUGUUCUAUCUAGACUGUUUAUAUGGUUACGUUUUAAUGAAAAUAAUUGUCACUUAUCUCAAGUAAUACCUUUCUUUAGGGAUGUGGAGAGCACAUAAAAACUGUUCCAUUUCAGACAAUCUCAUCCAUUCACUGGAAUUAUAUUGGUGUCUUGUGGGGAAAAGGAACCUUGAAAAAGAAACUCUAACCUUAAUGAACUCAUUAACAUUGCCAAUGAUGUCUGGAUUUCAGACUUACUGUAUCUAGGCUAGCUGAAUUCCACAUUAUUACUGCCUUAACAACACAUCUUGUACUUUGGAAACCUUGUAAUUGCAAUGAGAUUUUCUGUAUAACAGUUUAACUAAAUUCUAUUUGGUCAAAGUUGUUUCUCUCACACGGUGCCAAGAAUUCCCUUUAAAAAAGGUUGACUGAGCAGAACAGUCCAACUUUGCCAUUGGCAUAUUGACUGCAGGAAUGUCCAACAGAGCUGUUGCCAGAGUAUUUACUGUUAUUUUCUCUACUAUAUGCCGCCUCCAAUGUUAUUAGAGAAUUUGGCAAUACAUCCAACCGGCCUCACACCCGCAGACCCCAUCCCAGGAUCUCAACAUCCGGCUUCUUCACCUGCGGGAUCGUCUGAGACCAGCCACCUGGGCAGCUGAUGAAACUGAGGUGUAUUUCUGUCUGUAAUAAAGCCCUUUAGUGGGGAUUAUUUUCUUCUUCUGAUUGGCUGGGUCUGGCUCCCAUGUCCUGCCCAGUCAUGUGAAAUCCAUAGAUUAGGGCCAAAUUAAUUUACAACAGUUGACUUAUUUCCUUAUAUGAACUGUAACUCAGUAACAAUUUUGCAUGUUGCAUUCAUAUUUUUGUUCAGUAUAGUUUGUCAGCUAAGCUAGCCACUUGAGCUAGACUGGGAACUUGGAAAAAUACAAGGUCAAAUCAUGAAGUCAGUGAUCUUCAGGUUGGAGCUUUAGAAAGAGGCCCGAGUUGAAAUUCUGAGUUGGAUGACCACUCAAAUCGAUAUUUUUUUCCCCAGUCAGCGAUGGGUAAGAAAUGGCAUCUCUGUAGCCAAAUAUCUUAAAACAUUUUUGUUUUAAAACAUUAAUUGACAUGGUAUCAUGGUGCAUUCAUAUACAAUUUUUCUCCCAAAGUCAACCUUUAAAAGGUAGAACCUUUCUUGGAGAGUGGGAACGCUUUCUAACGAGUUUGAGUUAACGACCUCACUUCUAACUUGAAAUGUUUGAUGCCUUCAACUGUAUGGAGAGAUUUAGAGCCUAAUAGCACAGCAUUUUCACUAACCAUUUAUUGAAAUUAGUUAAAGAAAGCACAUGCAUUACUAAUUUGGCACAUUUCAUAAUCUGUAUACACUUGUCUGUGAAUAUGGAUGUGUGCAUUUUUGUAUAGACAAGUUUAUUUGGGUGUGUGUGUGUAUACAACAUGCAUGUGUGUUGUAUGAUAAUCAGAAUUAUGUGACUUUUAUUAGAAGGUAAUGGGCUGAUUUUGUAUUUAGAAAGUCCUAACUUGUUUACCUAUUUAGAAGUAUUGUCAGUUGAGGCUGUCCUGAUCUUGUGAAUGUUGUGUGUAAUGUGACAAACAAUCCUUUUGAUUGUAUUUAUUCUUGUAUAAAUCUUUGAGCAGACCCAAGCCAAGUUUUCUAUUUAUCAGCAGUGUUGGGAUAUUAAUCUGAAAUAUAGAUCACUCUGUAGUCAGAUGUUAACAAUGUCAUAACAUAAUCAUUUCGCCUAUUAAAUAUACAAACUAUGCUUCAAGUGAGAAUCCAGUAGGUCUGAUUCAGAAAAAGAAUGGAAAUGAUUGCCUACUUAACAAAUACUUAAAAAAAAAAGUUGUUUGUAGUUCCGGUAGUUGGAUAAAUGGCAAAAAGUAAUAAACUACUGAAAACACUACCAAGAUCAAAGUUAGUUCAACUACUACCAAGCUACUGCAAAAUGUAGUUACAUUUCUAGUUAAAUUGCAUGUAGCGUACUACUCCACAACACUGUUUAUAUGACGUAUCAAAACUCAGAACUCUAAAAACGAUUUUUACUUUUGAAUGUCUCAAGUACUGUAAUAUUUAACUUUGACAAAUCCUAAACCGUGUCUAUUUUAUUUUUUCCUGACUAAAUUAUUCCGCUGCUCUAUGUUCGCUGCAUAGUUUACUUCAUGAUGAAGGCGCAUUCAGUUCGCCUUAACGUUUGUUACGUUGCGGAACGGUUUGUACAGAACGACACGUUUCCCCAAAAUAUUCUUGUACGUUCUUGAACAGACUUUGAGGUAGUUAUGCCACAUUCAAAAUAAAAAUACAAGGUCAAAUAAUGACGUCGGUGAUCUCCAGGUCGAAAAGGCAGAGCUCUAGAAAGAGCCCCGGAAUUCCGAGUUGGAUGAUCGUUGAAGUCUCUUUUUUUCCAGUCGGAGCUCGUUUUUUUCAGAGUUCCCAGUAGUUUUGAACUCUCGGAAGUCGGAGAUUCCCGAGUUCCUAGGUGUUUUGUACUCGGCGUUUGGUGGGUGUGGCGAGGUGUGUCUUGAAAUACGUCACUAAUUGCUUCAAGGGCAGUGGCCACGCUGUCAGCGUUACCCCUCCCCAUGUUUCAUCUGGUCUUGUAAAAACGUUUGUGGUUAUGUAAAAAUUAAAGGUGUUGUUCAAACAGUCAUUAGCGAAUGGAUCAUUUCAAACCAAUCGGAGUAUCAAAGCCAAUGACACAUUUUCAAAACGCCGCUUUGCCCAAGUGUGUUCUGAUCCAACCCAUCAGUUUCUGAGUUCAAUCAGAACGGUUAGACUGAGUUUCAGAAAUCGUCUGGGAGGUAGUCUACUCGGAUCAAGUCUCAUUGCGGAGAAGAAGCUAACGUCCGUGGGCGUGGCUUGUUGUUUGGCCGCAGCAAGGAGUUUGGGUAGCCAGGCGAAUUUUCUUUGGCUAGUAAGUAGUCUACAAUGUGGUAACAUUAAGUACACUUUAUUAAGGGCCUACUAGACCAUUAGACCAGCCAGAAUUCAGCGCGAACUGAUUAUGGCAAAAUGGUAUGAACUUUGAACCCUUACUUUAACCUGUUUUGGCUGCAGCCCGACGUCGGUACACUUAUGACAACAUCCAGCUCAAGUGCAGGGCGCGAAAUUCAAAAGAUGUUUUUUUUUAUAUUUAAUUUUCACACAUUAACAAGUCCAACACAGCAUAUUAAAGGUACACAUCUUGUGAAUCAAGCCAACAUGUCCGAUUUUUAAAAUGUUUUACAGGGAAGACACAAUAUGUAAAUCUAUUAGCUAACCAUGUUAGCAAAAGACACCACUUUUCUUACUCCAUCAGUUUUUUACUCCAUCAGUAGCUAUCACAAAUUCGACCAAAUAAAGAUAUAAAUAGCCACUAACCAAGAAACAACUUCAUCAGAUGACAGUCUGAUAACAUAUUUAUUGUAUAGCAUAUGUUUUGUUAGAAAAAUGUGCAUAUUUCAGGUAUAAAUCAUAGUUUACAUUGCAGCUAGAGUCAGAAAUUGCACCGAAAGCAGACAGAAAAAUUACAGACACCAACGCCAAAUAACUAAAUACUCAUCAUAAAACAUUUCUGAAAAAGACAUAGUGUACAGCAAUUGAAAGACAGGCAUCUUGUGAUUCCAGACAAUAUUUCCGAUUUAUCAAGUGUUUUACAGCGAAAACACAAUAUAGCGUUAUAUUAGCGUAGCCACAAUAGCCAGAAACACUUGGGCGCCGACGACCAGUUCACAUGCACGACAGAUAUUAGAAAUAGCAUCAUAAAAUGUUUCUUACUUUUGGUGAUGUUCCGUCAGAAUGUUGGACAAGGUGUCCUUUGUCCAGAACAGUCGUUGUUUGGAUCUGGAACGACAAAUUACCCUCUUGAUUUAGCAUGGGCACUUGCCAAGUGGCACGGAUCUCUCCAACGUCAACAAAGUCAGAGAACGGAACACGGCAAAACUCACGAAAAAAUUUCAAUAAUCUGAUUAAACUAUAUUGAAAAAACAUACCUUACGAUGAUAUGGUCACAUGUAUCAAAUAAAAUCUAAACCGGAGAUGUUAGUCGUCCAUAACGACAGCUAAACAGAAGGCAAAUCCAUGUCCUCUUUCGCGCGCUCCAGAAACAGGAAAUGGAUGGUCACGUCAUACAAAGAGCUUUAAUUCCACCUCAGACCAAGAUAGACACGAAAUUUCUUCUCUCACCGUCUAUUGACAACCAGGGGAAGGUGUAUGAAGUGUACGUAGACUCUUACGUUCAUUGCCCAUGUAUAGGCAUGAAGUUGAACAAAGCAUCGAUUUCUGACAUUCCACUUCCUGGUCAGGAAAUGUGCUGCAGAAUGAGUUCUGUUUCACUCAGAGAAAUAAUUCAAACGGUUUUAGAAACUAGAGAGUGUUUUCUAUCCAAUAGUAAUAAUAAUAUGCAUAUUGUACGAGCAAGAAUUGAGUACGAGGCCGUUUGAAAUGGGCACGAUUUAACUGGCUACUCAAUACUGCCCCUUGCAGCCAUAAGAAGUUUUUAAGGGACUUAUCCAAUGUGCUCCUCUCUCAAGUAAAAAUGGUGCUGUUUUGGUGUAGGCCUACAUGUUUGCGCAUGCACAUUUUUUUAUGGCCCUAAUAAAUACUUAAUUUAAACUGUAAAAAUGUAUUACCAUUUAAUGUCGCAUGAACACAACCAAUCAUGAUAUUUUAUUUUGAUUGUCAAAACAAAUCACUUCAAAAAGUUAAUCCACUCUUUAAUAAAUCCAGCAUCCAAACUGGCACCAUUUGAUUAUUGGAAAUAGACAUCUGUUAUAAACACCAAAAAAGUGUAACUAACUGUGUAAUUAACUGAUGUGAAAAAAAGUGUAAUUAAGUGUAAUUAACUGAUGCGUCUUGCUGACAAAUGUUUUUAAAAAUUGUAGCCUGAAAAAUCGGGACACCUAAAAUGGGUCUGAAACUGUGCAGGGAAAAACGGGAUAGGCACACAAACAUACACGUCAACUUAAUAAACUAUGCUACAAUGUGUAUUAAGAUGAACUUCAAAUAGGCCUACCGGUAGCCAGUGAUGUGUAAAAAAAUAAAUAAUAAUAAGUGGGUAAACUCUGCCGGUGGCGGUGAAAAAAAUGAAUGCUCCAUAUACUUUCAAUGCAUUUACUUAAGCGUUUACUACUUGCGUAGGCCUAGUGUAGGCCUACACCACUGCGGGUAGCCUACCGUCUCAGCCAAAGCAAUUUUAAACACAUGAACACAGGCAAAAUAGGUAUCCUACAUUGAUUACAUGAUGAGUUGAAUCAAAACAUGUUUUACAACUUCAUGAGUUGUCCAUAAUUCAUGAGUUAAUGCUUGGUGUCUUCACAGAUCGUUUGACAUGAAACACUACCUUUCCUUACAUUAAGAAUGACAUUUAUGACAAUGUUAUUUGUCAUUAUUAAGCCUUUAACAGUUGAGUUAGAACAUUGACGUUAAGCCCUGUACGAAUUAUGGAUCUCGGAAAAUUCACUGUGUUAUUUAUUCUUAUUUUUAACCUUUUUAACUAGGCAAAUCAGUUAAGAAUAAAUUCUUAUUUACAAUGACGGCCUACCAAAAGGCAAAAGGCCUCCUGCGGGGCUGUGAUUAAAACUGGAAAAAAAAUAUAGGACAAAACACACAUCAGACAAGAGAGACACCACAACACUACAUCAAGAGAGACCUAAGACAACAACAUAGCAUGGUAGCAACACAUGACAACAACAUGGUAGUGUCAUGACGUUGACCUGUUGUAUGAGGUUUAUGUCCCCCAUCAAUACCUUUCCCAUUUUUCUCUCCACCCUACAGAAUGGACUCUUUUAAAGCCCUUUGUUAACAUAGAGAGAGUAUGCUAACAUCAAAAGGUUGGGGAAAUGUACAAUAUUUCUGUAAUCCAACCAGUUGAAAGUGUCCGUUGGUACUUAAAGAAUAUGAUGUCAGAUCAGUUGGUGUAUGGGUCAUUAUAUCUGAAGAUAGGACGACAUAAAUUGUAAUUUGGAAAGUCUACAUAUUCUAGUUAUCAGAUUCACAUGGAAUUGUUGUGCAAUUUAAAUGUUUAAAUAAACUAUUUGUAAAAAGAUUAAAUGUAAUUUUAGCUUCUAAAUGAGAGAAUUGUUUUCAUAAGUGAACUAUGCUCACUCAGUGGCCACGCCCAAGUGAACUGACAUUGGUUGAGAACUAUGAAAAACGCCCUUCUCUCCCCCAAUACAAAAGCCCGUUGACGGAAGGCAAUCUUAGUUCACGACGACGUGAGGACUGGUGUCCAUAUACGUUUUAAAGGGCUCAUUUCAACGUGGAGGUGACGAUCAAGGAUGAAGGAUGAAUUUCUACUAGACCAGCCAGAAUUCAGCGCUAACUGAUUAUGGCAAAAUGGUAUGAACUUUGAACUCUUAUUCACUAAAGAAGAAGUGAUACAUCCUAGAAGUCUAGUUAUCAGCUGCAGCUGUAAAUGUAUGUGGCCUAGGAAAGGACAGACAAUCUCCUAUGAGAACGACAGGGUACUUCAACGUAUCCUCUCUACAACACUACGACCAGAAAUAUUCUACAAAGGACAAGGGCAAUCUCUGCUGGGCAAAUCAAUCUUCCAUCUUCGACCCAUCUAUCGAAGCGCAGCUCAGUGUAAAUAUAUAUCUUGCAUUUUCCUUUUCGGAAUGGGCGGUUACUAGAAUGCAUAACAUUCUGUAUUUACGUUAGCAUAGCUUCUCAAGGUCCGAUAGAGACCUAAUUCCACUUGUCCCUCAGUCUUCCUGCUCUUUCUUUCAAACCCAACCCCCUUUCUUUGUGUAACCAGCUGUCAUAUCGGUUUCGUCCUCUAGGGACUUUUACUUUUAUGACAUGAUUAGUAAUGUAUGUAUUAUCCAUCCUGUGUAUAUGUAAUUAUGUGUGAUUAUUUAGUAAAUAAAUAAUUAAGCCAA